CUUUUGUUUAGGAAUUCCUUCAAGUUGUUGAUCAAAUAUUCAGCAGGCCAGGCCAGAUUCAUCUAUCUAAUUUUGCGAAUGGCGGCCUGCACAAGGUGGAAAGUUUUCUUUCCAGUACUAAUUUUGUGCGUCUCCCUGCUGGGUAUGGCUGUGUCUGUGAGUGGAGAUGCAGCACUAAUAGAAGAUGUGUGCAGCAAAACUACAAGGCCUGACCAUUGCAAAGCGUGCUAUAAAUUAAACAGCAAAAGCUCACAAGAGAAUGUGAAAGACCUUGGACGCCUAUCCAUUGGGUGUGUUUUCUUAGAGUUAGGAAUAUUCCGAUCCACUUUAGGUUCACUUUUGAAGAAUACCAACAACAUGGCGCCGGAGUUUCUGAACGCAUGCACUAGUUGCUCUACCAUGCUGGUGUCUGUGGAUAAAAGAAUCAAGGACGCACUUGAGGCAUGGCAGCAGGCACGUUAUGAGACCUCUACCAUGCAUAUGUGGUAUGCUGUCAGCAUUAUCAAUGAUUGUCGCCGUGGAGUGAGGAUGAUGGCCGGUCUCACCAAGUCUCUGUCAGACCAGAUUAUUGCACUGGACGGUUUCGGUCAGGCCUCCUAUGGAGUCCUGGAUCAAAUUCACUGAUUUGAUCAUGUAUAUAUAUAUAUACACACACAUAGAUGUGCACCACCAAAAAAACCUGUUUCUUAUGUAGAUAAUCCUACAAUAUUAUUCUCAGUCGAUCUGCAAUAAACGAAAGUAUUGUCCUACUUAAUUUGCAUGCA